GACUUCAUCGCAGUAAUCAUCGCUCUUGAAUAACAUUUGCAUCAAAUCUCACGCGUACUGUCACUCUCGAAGUAAAGAAGCAUUCUGAGUGUGCAUUGAAAGCUUAAUACGGUACAGAGCAGAAAGGAGGUUAUCAUUCGUGUCCGAUCUUCGAUCGCCUGUCCACACGCUCGACCGAGAUCUCCGAAGUCAGCGAUUUCGUUCACUGUCUUUCAAAGUACAACAAUCAUGAUUCGAAAGCCUCUCGAGAGCAAGUUAUUAAUGUGUUGACCUCGUCUAGUGACUGCGCACAAUGGGAAUGGAAGAUCGGCCGUAGAACAGCGCAGUCGGAGAAAGCUCGAGGGUUUUCGUAACAAGCAUCAAGUGUCCGUGUGUUGGAUGUGCCGCGUUCUUUUCAUCGACGACAUAUUCGGUAGCAGAUGCUUCCAAGACUGUUUCGAAAAAUGGCGCCAUGUAUCUUUCCGACAAUCGAGGCUAGAUUGUAGCAGUCGUUCAAGAACAGACGAUUCAUGAGUUCUAGUUUUUUCGUUCGGAAGGCAGCGCGCUGCAUUGCAAGGCGAGUAAUAUCGAAUGCACCGAUUUGACAUCGCUGGUGUAAAAUCACGCUGUGAUAAUUGCGCAGUCGUGAAUUGGGUCGAACCAAAUCAAGUCGAGACGGAUGAGCCGAAUUCUAUCGGUGGUUGCUGUUGCUGAGUGUUUCUUCGCGACCUUCAGACCAGCACUAGCUUCCGAGAAGCGAGUGAGGACCGCGGGAAUAUUAGGGCAGAGACAUGCAACGACCUGAUUACCGAUCCAGUCGUCGCGAACGAGCUGUGCGCGUUUACACCAUCUGCGACGAGUCGAGGUAUUUGAUCGUCAAGAAUGUUCCUGCUCUCGGGUGCGUAGACGAGUUGGUGAAAUUGUUCGGACUUUACGGCCCGAUUGAGGAGUAUAGAACUCUGGACGAGGAAGACUGCGAACCUUUUACGGACGUGUACUGGAUCAAGUACUCAAAAUUGGGCAAUGCUACAUUUGCAAAGAGGAAGCUCGAUGAUUACAAGUUCCUCGGGAAUCUGCUGGAAGUUUCCUACGCUCCACAGUAUGAGACUUUGUCAGAUACGAGGGAUAAAUUGGAAGAGAGAAGGCGGACUGUUCUGAACAGAAUUCGUGUGAAUGCAGGCGGUCAGCAUCAAGCGCACAGACCUUUCCCCACUAAGCGUUCUCUAGCGGAGCCACAUGACCCUCUACUAAUUCACUCUGGGGAUCAGGCCGAGGGAUCAGGCCGAUAUGCACCCCUUCUACUGGAACCUUCUUCAAGAAGCAGGACUGAGGACACAGGCUACAAUUUGGAAGGGCGUGAGCUUGUUUGCAGGCCAGAAGUGGAGGAUGUUGCGAAUGUUGAGUACUUUUCGUCGCCAUCUAUGACUGCAACCGUUCGAAAAGUGCGGGAGACCCUGGCCAAGAUUGAAGCAACCUCGUUACCGCAAAUACGGACUGGAACAUCGGAAGAUGACAGUAGUGUUCCUACUCAACGCAUCGAAGCAGAAAGAAGUGUUCCUGACGAGUCUUCUUCUUUGCUCAAAAAGCGUCGACAGGAUUCUCGAAGAAGGAUAUGAAAUGCAAGUUGGUCUGAACAUGUACCACAGCAUUCGUCCACAACCAUUUCUUUCUGUCUUUUGUGCAGGAACCUCUUCAAUUAACGUACUGUGAUUGCCAUUUACUGGUACUGUAGACCGAUCUUAAAUGUAAAUUCCAAACGAGUUAUUUCAUGGUGGAAACCCCAUGACGCCCAGGGAGCUCCAAUCGGAGACUGAGUUGAUCCGUAUUAUUGUAAUAGUCUAGAAGCCAUAACUUGGGGUUUGUUGAUUGCUCGAUCUGAGCUGCUAGGAAAGACAGUCUUCAUCCAUAAGCAGAUGGUAUGACAAAUGGGGACCGUCCUCAAAUGUGUUCGUCCACCAAACAGCGACACCCUUCAAAUGUGCCCGUCAAAUGUGUGGUGAUUUACCAUGCUACAUUCUUUAGUGAUUCACGAAAUGCUGGUAACUGCUUCUCUCUGUGUAAAGCCUGGAUGAGGAUGGAAACAGCAGAGGUACAUCAUCGUGGCCUCUCUAGCUCUCUCUGUAUCUGCGAGUUCACGCCCAAUUUGCCCAAAGAAGAGAUACGUUCUCGUUCCGCAACUAUCAGUGUAUAAUGCCCACAGUGACCAAAAGGAAACCAACGAAUCCGACUACUCACUUCAGCGUCAAGGUGUUCCAAGAUGUUCAUUCUCCACAUCCAUAUGGACGUGUUCGAGAAUUCACUGUACCACACAACUUCUCUUGUGCCUUAUGGAGAGGAUUGGAGCUAUGAGUUUCAUGGUCGAGUUGAGCACCGCGUCAAGGCGAGUCGGAAUCUAAAGGCCCCAGGAAGUGAUAAAUGGAGAUAGAUCGAUCGUUUGCAUGCACUUCCAAGAGGAGAAUAUCAUAUCAUGAAUCAAAG